AUGAGGCCCUUGAUAUCGACUCGCCGUCCAUGCUCAAGCCAAUCUGGAGUAUCCUGGCUGCUGCUUCUGUCCAUCGUUGCCUCGAUCUGGUUUGCCGCGCUAGUCGCCGCAGCUAAGGAUUACUACAAGGUGCUCGGUGUCGACAAGACCGCGUCGGAACGUGACAUCAAGCGUGCUUACCGUAAACGAGCUCAGAAGAUUCAUCCAGACAAACACCCAGAUAAGCACGCCGAGUUUCUGGAGUUGAGCGAUGCAUAUCAGACUCUCAGCGAUGCAGAGACUCGCAAGAUUUACGACAGGUACGGUGUGGACGGUGUAAAGAAGCACCAAGCGCGCAAGGACAAUCCGCACCAGCAGGCACAAGAUCCAUUUGACAUCUUCUCUCGCUUCUUUGGCGGAGGAGGUGGCGGAGGUGGUGGGGUGCACAAGGGCCCCAGCAAGGCAUUCAACGUAGAUGUGGAUAUCGAAGACUUUUACAGGGGAAAGACGUUCACACUUGAAUAUCAGAGGAACGUAGUCUGUUCGCAUUGCGAUGGAAGCGGUGCCGAGUCUCCGGCGGAUAUCCACACAUGCGACGCUUGCGACGGCAGAGGUGUAAGGAUUGUCAGGCAGCAGAUCAUGCCAGGUUUCAUCACGAAUGCACAGAUGACGUGUGACCGAUGCGGUGGUGCCGGCUCAGUGAUCAAGCAUCGAUGCUCCAAGUGUCAUGGCCAAAAGAUUGUUCAAGAGACGGCAUCGGUGGAUGUUGACCUUGAAAGGGGGGCCGAAGAGGGAGUAGAGGUGGUGAUUGAAGGCGAGGCGGACGAGGCGCCAGAGUACGAGGCAGGUGAUGUGAUUGUCAGAGUCAGCGCCCGACGCUCGAAAGGUCAGUUCCGACGAGGAGGCACCUCGCUCUACAAGACGCUUCCCAUCUCGCUCUCUGAAGCGCUGCUGGGUUUUGAGCGCAAUUUGACACACUUGGACGGACGCACGAUCACCAUCCGUCGCGAUGCCGUCACUCAACCGGGCUUUGUCUCGGUCAUCGACAACGAAGGCAUGCCGGUACGUGGCACGAUGCUGUCGGACGCGCCAGAAGAAGACACGCGCACUGGCCGCGACAUGCUCUUUGGAAAGCUGUAUCUUGAAUGGCAACUCGUGCUGCCUGAAACGGUAGAUCCAGCGUUGCGUACAGUCCUCGAGAAGGUUUCCGGCCGUUCAUCAAUAGGGGAAGCAAGCCAUGCAGCCAGCGGCUCGAACCACCAAGAGCUUUGA